GAUGGAGAAGAUUCUACUUUUCACUGUUAUGACUUUUUUCAAAUUAAAACUCUUAUGAAACAUGAGAAGGAAGAGCACAAUCUUCCUUUCUAUGAAAAUCAAUUAGAUGAAAAAUAUAUAACUACUGAAAUUUUACCGGCCAAUAAUUCUGAGACCAAGACUUUAACUUGCGUGGUUGAAUACGACAUUGAUGAUACUUUAGAAAUAAAGGAAGAAAUCAUUCAAGAAAAGGAGACAGUGAACAUGCCGAAAUGUGAUAAAAGGUAUAAGUCAAAAUUACGUACCACGGAGAAAAGAGAUUACAUUUUAGUGGAUAAGAAACUGCUAAAUCAAAAGAAGCAGAAGACUCGGAAAGCAAAGCAGAAUCUGGAAAAUAAAUAUGUAUGCGAAAAGUGUGCGAAAAGCUAUAAAUGGAGAGACAGUUUGGUUCGCCAUAAAAAAUUAGAAUGCAAUGUCAUUCCACAGUUUAUAUGUAAAUUCUGUAGCAAGCAGUUUACACAAAAAGGUAGCAUGAAUAUCCAUAUAAAUGACAUGCACCUUUGCAAAUACUUAAAAUCCUCGAAAAAGAAGCACAUUUGCGACAAAUGUUUUCGAAGUUACACAGCGAUAAGUGCUUUAUAUAGACAUCAACGUUUAGAACAUGCAGCAGUAAAACCACAGUUUAAUUGUGACUGUUGUGGCUUCAAAACGAAAGAAAAGUGUAGUUUAUCGAAACAUAUAAUUUCACGACAUCUGAAGUAAUAAUGAUUAAGGUCGCGAAACUUCGGGUUUCUUAAGUUCCCAGUAGGUGUAGAUUGAUGUCCAGUUCCUUUUUGAUUCACCAGCUAGUGUUGCUACUCAGUCAAAAUAUGAAGAAAGUAUUUUUACAUUUUAGUCAUAAUGAGAAGACUUUACGUAUAAAUUGUUUAUCGCGGAUUUCUUCAAAUUUCUACGUUUCGAGAACCCUGAAUUUGAAAAAGAAAACAAGUUUUACCAUGUUGUUUUUCUGUCUUUUGUCGUUGUUGUUGUAUGUAUAUCAGACAAUUGUUGACAAAUGACUAAUUUUUGAUAUAACGUGCAAUUUUUUCAUUUAUGAAAAAGAAGACAAUAAAAAUACGUUUAUUCCAAAAUAAUCAUAUUAUAUAAUCGGAAUAAUAUACAUUUAUUACAGUGAUACAUUUUUCUGGAUAGCUGCGAAUUUAUUUUGCAAUAUCUGAAUAAGCAACCCUGGGCCAAGCUACAUAAAUUUAUAUAAGAUACGCAUGAUGAGAAUGUAUUCGUGAAUGCUGAAGGAGCAUUAACAAAAGAAAAUUCACAAUCAUCUAAUUACAGUAAUCGAUAGGUCGACCCUUAAUUUUAAAUGAUCUACGCACAAAUGUAGGCAAAGUAUAUAGACCGAGCACCGAUUUUGACACCGAACUCAAACCUGUUUUUUAGUUUAUUUUCAAGAUUUUGUAUACUGAAUUCGUUUUCAUAAUAAUUAAGUUUAAGAACUUUGUGUUCUAUUGCUAAAAUAUUUUUGAUCUUGAUUUUAAAAAACAUUUCUGCGUUGUAUAUAGUGCUUCAUUAACAUGUGUACUGUGCAUAUCAAAUUUACUGAAGAACU